GUCUGCACAAAUGUUUACUUUUUAUAACGACACUCCUUCGCAUCUUCACACUUUAAAUGAGAAGUAACGCGCCCGCUUGUCGGUAGUAUCAGCCAGACAGCCUUGUGGAACACUAGCUGUACUUCUCCUCCUCCAGAACCAUGAUAGCUUUCCUUGUUCUAAUCGGAUCUGUAGCAGUUUAUGGAAAACAUGGCCACAACCACUCCUGCAUCCACACCAACCAUGACCAUCUACUGUCGAGCCAGGUGGUCAGCAACGUCAUCGCCGACAUUGACAAAGAUGGCGACGGCAUUGUGGAGCCAACCGAGGUCCAGCACUUCGUCGCCGGAUAUGACCUUGACAAAAACGGCAAUAUCACAGAGAGUGAGUUUACACUACAAUGGCAUCGGCACUACCUCGACGUUCGCGACUUUGUCGGCUACCUCUUCCAAAAUUUCGACAUGAACAACGACAUGCGUCUGACCGACAGUGACCUCGUCGCUUGGUCAAAAAAUCUCGACACUGACGGAAAUGGGGAAAUCUCGAUCGCAGAGUUCAGGACCUACAUGAUGAACCUCUACACCAACUGUGUUACAGCUCACGCCAACUGAUGUCCACUGUGAAAUAAAACAUCGUGAUCGACAUUC